AGCUUCUGCGACUGGAGAAGGAAAUCGGUCGCCUCUCUGGUUCGGAAACAGAAUCAAAGCAGAAAGAUGCAGCCAUAAGAGGUCUGCAGGAUGAGAUUGCAGCGAUGGCAAAGACCCUGGCUCGGGCGGCGGCGAGGAACGAGGUAGAGCUGACCCAGAAGCUGCUCGCCUUUGACCGAGAGCUGGGAGCCAAAACGGAGGAGAUCAAAGCCUUGAGGGAACAGAUCAGCCAGCUGCAGAAAGGCUCGAGCCAGGUUUUCAGCCAUUCCCUCUCCGAAAGAGACCUGGAGAUUGGAAGGCUGCGGAAAGAAAGCGAGAAGUUGAAGAGGGACCACGCUUUGGCUGCAGGUCUGGUGACCAGCCUGCAAAGGGAGGUGGCUGGCAAGGAGCAGAAAAUCCAGCAGCUCAAGGAAGAUGUUGACAAAAUGAAGAAGGAAAACAGAGAAAAGGACAAUCAGCUAGCAAUCGUUUCUGCCAAGUGCUCUAGAAUUAAAGAGGAACUGAAGCAUGAACUCGGAGAGCGAGAAGUAACUGCGUGCCGACACCGCAUCAGGCAGCUGGAGCGUGACCUGGAGGGGCUGCAGGGGGAAGUCCAGAAGUACUGCGCCGAGCAGGAGAGCAUCCGAAAACAGCUGGCCGAGAAAGCCAAGGCUGAGGAGGAGCUGAAGGAAGGCUGUGCCAGGCAAGCUCUGCAGCUGCGGGAGAUGGGGCGCAGGGAACGCCUGCUGAGAGCCGACGUGAGCCGGGCCAAGGAGCAGCUGGAGUCCUUCAAAACCCGAGUGAUGCGAGCCUGUUCUCCAGCAGCAGCAGCGAGCGUUGCAGGGAAAGCUGUAAUGGAGCAGCAGGUGAUAGAGAAGGUCAGGCAGAUCUCCGAUGAGAACCGACAAAGUCGAGAGAGAGAGAAGUGUCUGCAGGAGGAAUUGAGCUCCAGGCUCUCGAAGGAAAAGGAGGUUUCUGCCAACAUCGAGGUGUUCAGGAAAUCCCUGCAGGAGCUCCAGGCUUGCCUGCGGAGCUCCUGCAGCAGCGACAGCCUGCGAGGGGAGCUGGGGAGGCUGGAGGCGACGUGCCUGGAUCCCUCCGUCUCGGCCAUAGCGGCAGCAGUGGUGGAAAUGGUGCACGUCCCCUUGUCCUGGCUGGAGGGUGCGGAGCGGCUCCUGGCCAGCGUGGGGAUGGACCCGUGCGCCUCCGGCAAAGGGCUGUUGGCUGCUCUCGAGAGCUUGUUGGAAAACCGUCAGGAAACUGCACAGAGGAAUCAGUUGCUACAGGCCCAAUUAGAGAGGGUCCAGGAGUCGCAGGCAGCGUUGCUGCAGGAGCACGUGAAGGAGCUGGAAGCGAAACACGAGCAAGACCUACAGAUAAAAAUCGAGCAAAUGAUAUUGGAAAAGGACGAGGAGAACAAAGAGGCUCUGGAGAGCGCUGUCGCCAAGGAGGAGGAGAAGUGCAAGCAAGCUGUGGCAGAAGAGCAGAAGAAGGUCCGAGACCUGGAGAGCCAGCUGAGAAGCAUGACUGAGGCAAUAGUGAGGAAGUCAAAGGAGCAGGAGGUUGCAGACUGCAAGCUGAGAGAAGCUGUGCACAAGCUGGAGGAAGCCGCGAGGCGAGAGGUGGCAUUACAGCAGCGGGCGCUCACGGGAGAGGAGCAGCUCAAGGCCAUUCAGGAGGAGAAUGAGCUUGAGAGGCAGAAACUGCAGGAAGCGAUAGUGGAAUAUAAAGAGCAAAGCAAGCAGCAUUCUCUGACAAUUGUGGCUUUAGAGGACAGGUUGCUGGAGGCCAAGCAGCAGCAGAAGACGCUGGAGGAGGAAAACGCAGCGCUCGUGGAAAAAAUGGAAGGAUUUCGGGGUGAUGGCCACAAGCUAGCAGCGGGAGCUCGGCUGGAGGUUUGUCCUGCCGCAGGGUGGCACAGUUGUCUGAGGGAACUGAGGGAGGAGCUGGCAGCGGCGCAGAGCACGCUUCUGUCCAAGGAGGCUGUCAUUGCCAGACUAACCAAAGAGCUAGCGGAAACCAGAGCCAGGAUGUCGGACAUGAGAGGAGAGCUGAGCGAGGAGCAGAAGGUGGAACUGGAGCGGAACCUGAGCCGGCUGGCAUGCCAAGAGCGGGAAGCGAACCUGCUCAGAGAGAAGCUCUCCCAGAUGUCAAGCCUGGUGGAUAAGAAGGAUCGAGCCCUGAAAGCAGCAGCUGAAGAGUUAAGGCAAGCCCGAGCCCAGUGCCAGGAGCUGAAGGAUGCCUGCAGAGAAACGGCGGAAAAGUCGGAGGCUGCUCCUGGGACGCCAGUGCAAGCGGGCGAAGCCUUCCAGAGGAAAUGGGAAGAACUCAACGCUGGUUGCAGCAGCAGAUGGAGGGACUGUAGAAAUCGUACGUCCUGUACCGCAGCGGUGGCAGACAGCGUGCCGGCGCGCGAGGCUGGAUGUGUGGGGGUGAGCGGUGACUCACAGCCAGCUGACGAGCGGGAGGAGCCGGCGUGGGACUUGGCCGACCUCGGCGCGAAAUGCCGAGGCCUCAGGCAUGAGGAAACCAUCCGGCGCCAAAAAGAAGGCUUGGCCGAGCUCCGGGAGAGAAUAAAGAUGCUGGAGAAGGGGCAGUCCUCAGCUGCCACGAAGAAGGGUUCGGAGACGCUGGCGGUCCUGCUGAAAGACUUACCCGAGAAAAUUGUCCAGAAAACAGUUCUUGAGAAGGAACCUGCACCUGCGACGGGAAUGAAAUGGAAGGCCGACAAGGUUCCCGGCCGGGUUCCUAACGGGGUCUCGCACGGGGCCACUGACGGGGUGGCGAGCUCAGAGAUGGCCGAUGCGACGGACCUCAGCGAGAAGAUGUACCUUGACGUAAUUGGUGCUCUGGGAAGCCUGAUGAAGGUGAAGGAGCUGUCAGGAAUGCAGUCUCUGAAGCACCUGCCUCAGGAGGAGAGGGAAAAAGCGGGACCGCAGAGGCGGAAGGACCUGGAGCUGCUGUACAAUCAGAUCAGGAACCUCAAGAGUCGCCUGGAGAGAAAAGAAGAAAUGUUGAAAGAUUACGAGGCCAGCAUGGAGCAGCUCAGGCUGAGCCAAGCAUCCCUGCGAAGGUGCCAGGAGGAGAUGUCCAAACUAGAAGACGAAGCCGCCAGGGAGGCAGAAGAGAAGGCUCUGCUGAAAGAGGCUCUGGAGAGGACGCAGCUCCAGCUGAACCAGGAGAAGAGGCGGCUGCGAGCGGCCAAACUGCGCAAGCCUGGAGCCGAGAAGCCUCACUGCUCGGGAAAGCUGAAGGCCAAAGAGAGCACGGCAGAAGCUGUCACGACGGGAAGCGUGUAGGAGAGGCACCGGGUGGGCCUUUGGUAGGCGGAGGUCCGCGGUAGGAACGGGCCAUCACCCUGCGGACUCUGUAAUGUCGGACAUGGUACGAGGCACCGGGUGCGUUCUGAGGAGCCCCUGUUGGUAUCCCGCAUCUCCCAGGCACGCUGGCCUGACUGUGCGGUGCGUAGGACCUUAUUUUUCUGCAGCACGUGUCCUGUACCGCAUGAUGAGGUGUACGGCAAUAGAAGAGGUUGUGUAGCUACA